AUGAGCGGUCACAAGACAUCGUUGAACAACUCGAACGUCUCAGAUGAGGGGAAGGGACGCACUCAAGCUGUUCCUGAUCAAGAUCAAGAUGCUGUUGGUUACCAUCCCCACAAAGAGCUAUACAACGCUGGAGGUGAUCAAAACAAAGACUUAACCAGAGUUACUGCUGGGCUUAGAGCUACCCAGAAUAACCCUGUUGGAAUCAACAAGGAAAAGACGAAGGCAUAUGAGGAAUUGAUCCGAAAGGGUGGUGAAACUCCCGAAGGAUAA